AUGCCUCGCAAAGCGAAAGCCGCGGAGCCUACCCGGCGGUCCAAGGGCAAAAAAGAUCAUCCGCCUCACGCGCCGACCCAAGCGGCCGCCGCCGCCGCCACCGAAGCCGCCGCCGUCAUGGAGGCCGCCGAGGCCUGCGUCUACGACACCCUCCCAGGCCUAACCCUAGACUUCACUCCGGAGGAGGCCCUCGACGCGGCGGAGCCCCAGCCGUCCUCCUACCCCGCCGCCGCCGCCGCGGAGGACGCGACCGCGACCUAUGCCGUCUUCCGCAAUGAGAUUACUGCGGCUGGGGACGCCCUCGUUGACAUACCCGCCACCGAUUUCUUCUCCCUAGACGUCUCCGCGGCUGGUAAGGCCGUUCCGGCCUCCCCGUCGUCGUCGGCGGCACGGCCUGCCGGGGCGGCGACGCCCUCGAGCUCCCUCGCUAAGGCGGAGCAGCCGGCGCAGGGGUCGGAGCGCGCGUGGUUCCGAGGAGGCAGGCGGUUCAGAAGCCCCAUGUUGCAGCUACACAAAGAGAUUCUUGACUUCUGUGAUUUUAUCUCACCUUCCGCUGAAGAGGAAUCUUCACGGACAGCUGCUGUGCAAGCUGUCUCUGAUGUUGUCAAGCAUAUAUGGCCUCAUUGCAAGGUUGAAGUCUUCGGAUCUUUCAGAACAGGGCUUUAUCUACCAACAAGUGAUAUUGAUGUUGUAAUAUUUGAGUCCAGGGUCAAGACUCCUCAAGUUGGCCUAUACGCUCUUGCAAAAGCAUUGACUCAAAAAGGUGUUGCCAAGAAGAUACAGGUGAUAGCAAAGGCCCGUGUGCCAAUUGUGAAAUUUGUGGAAAGAAUUAGUGAAAUACCUUUUGAUAUCAGCUUUGAUAUUGAUGGUGGACCACAGGCAGCGGAUUUUAUCAAGGAUGCCAUCAAGAAGAUGCCUGCUUUAAGACCUUUGUCUAUGAUUCUGAAGGUUUUCCUUCAUCAAAGAGAACUCAAUGAGGUCUAUACCGGUGGGGUUGGGUCAUAUGCUCUUCUCACAAUGCUGAUCACACAUUUACAGUUGAUCUGGGGAGUGAAAGAUAUGCUGGGCUAUCGACAAUCCAAGGAGCACAAUUUGGGAAUUCUUUUGAUCAAGUUUUUUGACUUCUAUGGGCGCAAGUUAAACAAUUGGGAUGUUGGAAUAUCCUGCAACUCUGCAAGAACCUUUUUCUUGAAGAGUGAUAAUGACUUUGUGAAUCUUGACCGGCCACAUCUUAUAGCCAUUCAAGAUCCCAUGGUACCAGAUAAUGAUAUCGGGAAGAAUUCAUUCAACUACUUCAAGGUGAAAUCAGCAUUUUCAAAGGCUUACUCAGUGCUGACUGAUGCCAAGUUGAUUACGAGCUUGGGACCAAACAGGAGCAUUCUGGGUGCCAUUGUCAGACCGGAUUCAGUGUUGCUGGACCGUAAAGGCUGGAACACUGAUGGUGCAUUAGCUGACAUGCUAGCAGAACCCUGGGAACCAUUGGCCCAACGGUUUGACAGCGAGAAUGAUGCAAUGUACAAUUGGCAUGCAUUAGAUGAUGAUGAACCACUGCCCAGAAAUACUCAACCUGCUUCUGAGGACACUAGUUCAUCACCAUUGAAGAAACGGAAGUCAUCCAAGUCAAAUAAGAAAUCUAGAAAGAAGGCAAAGGCUGAUGAUGUCUCAAGCAGUGAUGAUGCAGAAGAUGGGUCCAGAAAUCGAAGAGAGCGCAGUCGUGGCAAAGAGUCGAGACAAAGUGAGAAAACACAUCGCAGUGCAGGAAGCAGUAGACGAAGAAAAGGGCCACGAGAGUAUGACAGAUUUACAAAUACACUCCCACAGCACACACACAUAAGUAGGUGGUGAGUUGUGUGCUGCCACUGACAUCUGCGAUAUGUUUUCGGGUGCGACAAAAUUUGACUGCUGGAAGAGCUGUAUGUGAUCAAAUGGUGGCAGGCUGGCAAACAUUUAAGUUAGUAGCAGCACUCGGAUGCUCCAAUGUAUCAUUUGUUUGUUUUAUUUGUCUAUCUAGUCCUGUUUGUAAUGCUGAUCAAACAGAAAAUUCAGUUUUAUUCUUGAAUCACUAGUGGGCUCGCA